AGCUUAACUUAAAAGUCAUCUUGUGCUGCCCAGGCAGGAACCAAACCCGCAUCAAAUCUUAACCUUAAUGACAUCAAGAUAGCAUAACUCUCCUUGUUUAAAUUAUGUGUUCGUCCUAGACAGGAUAUGGACAAACCGUGUGUUCAAUAUAGUGUAUUACACAGUGUAGUGUAGCAUAACUCUCCUUGUUUAAAUUAGGUGUGCGUCCUAGACAGGUUAUGGACAAACCGUGUGUUCGACAUAGUGUAUUACACAGUGAUUCAUUAUAGAUCAGAACAAGAAACUAUGGGGCUGUGUGGAGAGAAUUGGAGGUGUCUCCAUCCAUACCAUUUUUGGGUGUUGCUGCUGCUGCUUCCGGUUACUCCGUCUGCGAAAAAUCUGUCUCCGGAAGCUCGACCCUCUCCCCUGAGUGGACUGAACAGCGUGGGCACCGGCAUAGGAACAGACCACGGAGACCUGGGCGUCAUCGGGGGCUCGUAUUCUCAAGUGUGGACGGGCAACCGCCACCACCACCGACCUCCUCACCUCAUGGACGCUCCUGACGAAGUGACAGCCACCAUCGGCGGCAACGCAUUCCUGCCUUGCGCCGUGCAGCACCUCGGCGACCGAACGGUUACUUGGAUGAGACAGCAAGAUUUGCACAUUCUCACUGCCGGUCCUCUAACGUUCUCUGCCGAUGAAAGGUUUAGAGUACUGCACCCCGAGGACUCAGACGACUGGACGCUGCACAUUAAAAUGGUCACCCCUAAAGACGCGGGGCUCUACGAGUGCCAGGUCAACUCAGACCCGAAAAUUUCCAGAGAAGUCACCCUCACAGUCAAAGAACACAGCCAGCUCGACGACCCUGGAACAUUUCUGCAGACAACAGACGCUCGAUUGCCCGACUAUCAGAUUCUGCCUGACUACGACUCAGACUAUUCGAACAGGAGCGGCAGGAAGCAAGCUAAGGGUAGGAGGCGAGAUAGGAAAUGCAGGAAGAGAACGAAGAGCAGGAGGUCAUCGGGGCAACAUCACGCGGCCGUUCAUCAAAGUGUCUACGACGGAAGCCCCUUUGUAAGCUCAUCGUUAUUGGUCGUCUUGCUUGCAGCCUCGCUGCCCGUUGCUCUGCUGCUGCGGGACCGACAUUUUUGGCUCGGCCAGCGUCCUUGGUCGUCCAACGGCUGCGGCUGA